GGGACCCAUUUACUCCUUCCACAAUGAAAUUAGCAGUGGUACUUGUGUCUUUUAUCGCUUACGUUUCAGCCAAGUCAUACCCCCAGGACUUGUCUGACGUAAACCCCGCCUAUGGAUACUUAACAAAAUACGGUAUCCCCGAAGGUGAAAGAAUUCAAAAGGCUGAAGAAGACUACUUAAGAACACCAUCUGCAAAAAUUGUUGGAGGAUCUCCCGCUGCUGUAGGACAAUUCAAAUAUCAGGCCGGUUUGAUUAGCGAUAUCAUCGGCAUCACUGGCAGAGGUGUGUGUGGUGGUUCCCUUAUCACCCCUAAUCGUGUCUUGACCGCGGCUCACUGCUGGUAUGAUGGCAGGAACCAAGCUUGGAGAGUAACCGUUGUUCUCGAAUCUAUCCUCCUCUUCAGCGGUGGUACAAGAAUUGAGAGUACUGAUGUCGAAAUGCACCCUCACUGGUUUCCACUAUUCAUUUUAAAUGACAUUGCUGUCAUCCGGCUGCCUAGAAAUGUACAACUAUCUGAGACCAUUGGAACGAUUGCUUUACCUACUGGAUCUCUUAGUACAGAAGACUUUGUCGGAGAAGCUGCAAUUGCUUCCGGUUUUGGAAUAACUAAAGAUGGUGGUGGUAUUUCUGCGGACCAGUUUUUGAGUCAUGUCACCAUGGAUGUCAUUCCAAAUUUUUUGUGCUCACUGGCUUAUCCAACGGCUAUCCGACCAUCAAAUAUUUGCACAAGAACUGCCGGAGGCACUAGCACCUGCAGAGGAGACUCUGGUGGUCCUCUCGUUGUUUAUAGGAAUGACACACCAUUAUUGAUUGGUGUAACUUCCUUCGGAUCUGUUUUUGGCUGUGAAAUUGGUAUGCCCGCUGCAUUUGUCAGAGUGUCAUCGUUCCUUGAUUUCAUCCACGAAAAUCUUUAAGAUAAAAUAUUACGGAUAAGUUUUAAUAAAAUGCCUAACAAAUAA